AUGAUAAUAUUUCAAAAAGCUCUACCCCGCAACAAGCGCAAGACGAAAACGCAUAAAAUCCACGCAAGUACAAAACACAUGACUAACUUUUAUUUUAGUACAAAAAGUCUGCCAGAGGAAUACUAUAAGACAUCUUAG